CACCGACGUUUAACAUGAAAGGGGUUAGAUCAAUGUGAGGGAAUGAACUGGCCAGAAAGCACACAAAAGUUAAUAUUUACGAAACUAAACAGUCAUACCCGAUAAAGUUUCUAAAACAUUUUCAAUGUUUGCGCUCUUUUAAAUAUUCGACUUAAUAAAUUAAAAGAUCUUUGACUUUAAUAAUUGAUGUCAAAGAUCUGAAACGGAUUAAUUUAGGAGACAUUUAUUCCUUAUGCAGAUCAUCACGCCGUUUCGAAGAACUAAACAGAAAUCGUUAGUAAUAUAACCAGAAGACUCUUAUUUAGUUGUCAAUUUAGUUGUUAUCAGUAAAAUUCAGAGGAUUAAGGAUUUGAUCAACCAAAGUGCAACGAAUGCAAGUUGUAAACAUCCUCUAACAUCGACCUCCAUUUUUGUUCAACCAGAGAAAACUCUAAUAUGUAACUAUUUGAAGGAACGACCUAUUAAUUUCAUUUAUAUAUAAAAAUCCAAAAGACUGUUAAACUCGCUCCCGGCUUGCUGACAAUAUCAUCGCCAGUUGACGCCAAUGCCGUUGGAUUGGGGUAACCAAGACGAGACAAAUUAAUCGAGUAGUAACUUGAAGGAAUUAAGGACAUCGGAUAAACUGGUGAAAGAGAGAUUAGAAACGAGGAACUAACCAAUACCAAAGUAAUAAUAGUCCAUAAUUAAGUUUUCCCUAAAAUGGACCCAAAGGUGCCAUUAAGAAAUUAUAUGAAGAUGAUCGAAAAUAGAUGCCGAACUAGAGAUUGAAGCUAUGGGUUUAUUUACCAAAUAUUCCAACAUAUGUUGUUGCCGUUGCCGAUCACUUAACAAGAAUAUACUAGUUUGUGUUAAACGGACAUCUAUCCGAAUUGAAGUUUUGUGAUCGAUUGAAUUCGCCAAAAUGGAUUUGGAUGAUGAUAAUAAUAGUAUGUUCCCUAUUGACAACUCUACGGAGGAACCGUUCAGCGGUCCGUGGCAUUUGACCCCGUUCAGUGAGCGCCAUCUGAUAAGUACUAGCGUGGUGUUGGGUUUGAUGAUCCUUUUAACCAUCAUAGGUAACGUGUUUGUGAUAGCCGCAGUUAUUUUGGAGAAAUCUUUACACAAUGUGGCGAACUAUUUGAUUCUUUCGCUGGCUGUUGCAGACUUGAUGGUGGCUGUGCUCGUGAUGCCCAUCAGUGUCAUCACUGAGAUUAGUACUGUGUGGUUUCUUCACGCUGAAAUUUGUGAUCUGUGGACCUCGUUUGACGUUGUGUGCUGCACGGCGUCUAUUCUCCAUCUUGUCGCUAUAGCAAUGGAUCGUUACUGGGCCAUAACUAGUAUUGACUACAUGCGCAAUCGUAGUGCCAAGAGAAUAAUGUUGAUGAUUGUUUUGGUUUGGGCAGUGGCUCUCUGUGUUUCCAUCCCGCCAUUGUUCGGGUGGAAAAAAGAAUCUGAUGACCCCGAUCGAACGGGACAAUGCAUGAUUAGUCAGGACCUCGGUUACACAGUGUUUUCCACGGCGUGUGCCUUUUACGUACCAAUGACGUUUAUGAUCGGUAUUUACAUUCGAAUAUGGCAAGUCACCAGAUCAAUUAUUCGCAAAGACAAAUUCGGCAAAAAGAAAAAAGAGAAAAGGCGGAAGGAAGAAGUGACAAAAACAUCAAAAGUCGAAUACAGCAUUGUGUCUAACUGUAACGGAAAUCAGUCGCCUAAAAUCAACGGUAGAAAGACGGAAAACGGCAAUUCGGCGGCGCCGGACGAAGAACACUCCUCCACGGCUAAUUCAGAUGAAACAAAAACGACAAUGUUGGACAAAAAUGCCGAUACGGCGCUACAUUUUCAGAAACAGAGAGAAAAAAUUGAACUGCGACGUGAGCGGAAAGCCGCGCGUACUUUGGCAAUUAUAACGGGGGCUUUUAUGUUGUGUUGGUUACCCUUCUUUAUUGUUGCGCUUAUUGGACCUUUUCUUGGUGACUCCGUGGAUAUUCCUCUUCUAUUCCGGAGUUUUAUUCUGUGGCUUGGUUACUUUAACAGCCUUUUAAACCCAAUUAUAUACACCAUCUUCAGUCCGGAAUUUCGGAUGGCAUUCAGUAAAAUUUUGUUUGGAAAAUAUUCUAGAAAGAAGCGACCGCGAUGACAUUAUGAAAAUGUUUACCUUUUAUUGAAACUGGACCUUAAAAUCAGUGAUAUUUUGAUGAUUAUUUUUUAUUUGUUAAAAAGAAAAAUAUACAUGUACGUGUAUAUUAUGACACAUGUGUAAAUUUAAUGUUUUCGUUUUCCAUUUUUGUUCAGUGCCAUAAUAUAUACCAGAAAUAUAUUAUAAAUAUAUACUUGUGUACAUAGAAACUAUAUAAGACAACUGUUAAACUUAUUUAUACAUUUUUAAUUCGGCGGUCGACGAUUGGUUUUAUUGGCAAUAAUAACGACUUGCGAGCUUGUGAUAUAUGAAGGAAAUAUGGAUAACUAGAUUGCAAAGACUAUAAUUAUUAUUACCCAAUAAUAUUUUGGUAAUUAUAAUAUUCAUGUACAUGUAUUAAAAUUAUAGCAAGCAUGUUUCAACCAUUAUUUCAUUAUUAGUAUUAUUAACUGAUAGAUUAGAUUUUAUGAGUUUAGAAAUAGAUCAAUAUUAACACGAGUGUCCUUAUUCCAAAUAAAUCUCGUUUAUCUAUAUCAAGUAGUUACUACGUGAACAACCCGGAGACAUAUAAUACGUCUUUGAGCGUGAUUUAAGCGAUAUAGGAAUCCCUUGCAAACUACUAUACUGUUAAAUUUACAUCUCAUAUUGGAAUAUAAGUUCAAAAAGAGGUUGAAAUCCGUUCAGUAUUUACCAUAAUAUGAUGGAUUGAAAUUUUAUCGAUAUAUGGCUCUCCCAAUGUAAACUACCGCCAUCUUUAUAUUUCCCAAAGUCUAAUUGAUGGGCCUGUUUUCAUCCAGUUGAAUCUGAGAGAUUAUCUACAGUUGAUGUUUUUAUUUUUUCUUGGUGUUUUAAUCCAGUUGAAUCUGAGAGAUUAUCUACAGUUGAUGUUUUUAUUUUUUCUUGGUGAAAAAUGUUAAAUAAUCAAUCCGAGUAUAUAUUAACGUGGAUUAAGUCUUGGGAAAUGUUUUGUUUCGGAAAUAUGCCAAUCACGCAAAGUUACUUUAAAUAUCAAUAAGACUAUACUUACAUUUCUCCCGUAAGGUAAUAGAAGGGGGACGGACACAUCUUUUGCUCGUAGAUAUGCUUCACUUUCAAUGAAAUUAAUAAAAACACUUAUAAACAUU